AUGGACAAUACUGAGAUGAAUGCCUUGAUGACAAUUAGGGGAAGGAAUAUGCAGCAACCUAAAAGGAAUUUUAAUGUUCAAUGUGACUUUUGCCAUAUAAAGGGACAUACUCGUGCAGAAUGUUACAAAAUAAUUGGAUAUCCCACUAAUUUCAAACCUAAGAAGAAAUAUGGAGGAAAUGCAGCUAAUAAUGUUGUUGUGAAUGAUAACAGAAAACAGGAUGCACAGGGUAGCAGCUAUGUCAACACAGCUGAGGGAGUGAUGAACUCUGAAGGGACCAGAGGACCGUAUUUCACACUAGAUCAAUAUGAGCAAAUUCUGAAGCUGCUUGGCAAGGAAAAUGUAACUGAUAGUUCAGCUAAUAUGGCAGGGUCAUGCAGACUGAAUGAUAAGGAAAUAGUGAGCAAUGUUUUAUACAUCCCAGAUUUUAAAUAUAAUCUGCUAUCUGUAUCGAAACUCACUAAGGAAUUGAAAUGCUCGGCCUUGUUCUUUCCUGAAUUUUGUGUAUUCCAGGAUCUUUACAGUGGGAAAGUGAGGGGGAUUGGUAAGGAGAGAGGAGGACUCUAUCUACUUACUCAAGCAUAUGCUACAGACAACACUGCUGAAAUAACAAGUUUGAUUGCAAGCAAGGAGAAACAAGACAUUGAACUCUGGCAUACUAGGCUAGUGGAUGAUCAUUCUAGAUUGACUUGGUUAUACUUGUUGAAACUAAAGAGUGAUGUCAUAGUUGUGCUAAAGAACUUCAUAAAAUUGGUACAGAAUCAGUUUAAUAGAACAAUCAAAGCAUUCAGAUCUGACAAUGGAGGAGAGUUUUUGAACAAUGAGUGCAAUGCACUCUUCCAGAAUUAUGGUAUUAUGCAUCAACGAACUUGUGUCUAUACUCCUCAACAGAAUGGAAUAGUUGAGAGGAAACAUAGACACAUAUUGGAGGUAGUAAGAGCUCUGAGAUUUCAAGGGGGAAAUCCUUUGAGGGAUAUUGCUUUCAAGGAAAAAGUGUUUCCUUUCAGAAACAGGAGACAACCCCAGUAUCACUUGUUCCUAGAAUCAGAAAAUCCUUUUGACUUGCCUUACGGUGCAGAAGCUCCUGAGGUUCAUGAUGAAGAGGCUGGUGACAUGCCUUAUGGUGCAGAAGUUCCUGCUGAAGAGGUAGCAGACACAUCCUCUCCAUUUUCUGAAGUUGUGCCAAUGGUUGAUAAACCAUCAAUGACAGAUGAACUAGAUAAUUCAGUUGUGCAACAGGUUAUACCAACACAGGCCAUACCAAACUACCUCACCUAUGCCAGAUUAAAGCCAUAUUAUCAGCAUUAUCUAGCAGAAUUCACUUCAAUCGCAGAGCCUAGAACCUUUUCUGAGGCUUCACAAGACCCACACUGGGUAGAAGCAAUGGAAGCAGAGAUUCAGGCUCUUAAAGAAAACAAGACAUGGGAAGUUGUUCAGCUGCCACCAGGGAAAUAUCCUAUAGGUUGCAAGUGGGUUUUCAAAGUCAAAUACGAGGCAAUGGAGGGACUCGAUUAUCAGGAAAACUUUUCACCUGUGGUGAAAAUAGUGACAGUUAGGGCAGUCAUUUCAAUUGUAGCUGCUGAAGGAUGGCAUCUUCACCAAAUGGAUGUUUACAACGCCUUCUUGCAGGGUGAUCUUUAUGAGGAGUUAUAUUUGAAACUCCUUGAAGGGAACAACAUAGUGAUUAUUCUAGUCUACGUGGAUGGCAUGUUGUUGACAGUAAACAAUCUAGAGCUAAUUCUGGCCACAAAGGUGAACUUUCAAGAAGCCUUCAAGAUAAAGGAUCUUGGUGAAUUAAAGUACUUCUUGGGGAUUGAGUUCAGCAGAUCACAAGAAGGGUUGAGUGCAUCUAAAACAGUCAACACACCUCUUGACAGCAAUCAAAAGUUCACUGGCAAGGAAUCAGAUGACAUAGCAGGAGAAAAUAGUGAUGAGCCAUUUGAAGACAAAGAGCAGUACCAAAGGUUGAUUGAUUGGGCAUCAUGCCCAAAUACCAGAACAUCUGUAACAUGGUUCACAAUAAAGUAUGGUGAUUCACUUGUUUCCUGGAAAUCAAAGAAACAGAACACUGUGUCAAGAAGUUUAGCAGAGUCUGAAUAUAGAAGCAUGACUACUACUGUAUCAGAAUUGGUUUGGAUAAUUGGAUUGCUCAAAGAACUAGGAGCCCAGGUUGAAGUACCAGUCGAACUGCAUUGUGACAGCAAGACUGCUCUACAAAUAGCAGCAAACCCAGUAUAUCAUGAAAGGACAAAGCAUAUUGAAAUAGACUGCCAUUUCAUUCGAGAAAAAAAUUCAACAAGGGAUAGUGAAGACAAUCCACGUUAA